AUGUCGGAUACAUUGCUGCCCACACCUUUUAAGGUCCGAUACACAUCGGCAACUCCUCUUGAAAAUCCCCUUGCUCGUUAUGAUGGCCUGAAGCCUAAGAUCGACACGCUACCAAAAGGCUUCCAGAAACAAACGGGAUACCGCCCAUUCCCCGUCGAGACUAUUUUUGAGCGAGAUGUUGCUAUCCCAGUACGAGAUGGUACCAUCCUACGAGCUGAUGUGUUUCGGCCUGUUGGCGAUCAGAAGUUCCCUGCUUUACUAGCCUUCAGUCCGUAUGGGAAGUCUGGGACUGUAGGCUUUUUUGACCUGAGCUUCAUCUGUGGGCGUGCCGGAGUCCCCCAAGAGCGAUUGUCUGGCUUCGAAUCCUUCGAGGCGCCAGAUCCGGCCGAGUGGACGCAACAUGAUUAUGCUGUUGUGAAUGUGAAUUCUCGAGGGAUACUUGGUUCUGAAGGCCUUCAUAGAUGGCAUGGGGUCGGUGAAGGACAGGACGGCCACGAUACCAUUGAGCACAUUGCUCAACUGCCUUGGUGCAACGGGCGCGUUGCGUUGGUGGGAAACUCAUGGCUUGCAUCGGCUCAGUGGUUCAUCGCUGCUGAGCGGCCGCCGCAUCUCACAUGCAUUUUGCCGCUCGAGGGACUCAGCGACGUUUAUCGAGAGACCCUUUGUCGUGGUGGCGUCCCAUACCUGCCUUUUUGGACAUUCCUCGGGAAUAAUCUUUUCAGUAAGUGCUUGGGCAAUCAGGAACGAGAAGAUGUCAUCUCAAUGAUCAAGAAUUAUCCCCUAAUGAACGACUAUUGGGAAGACAAAAGAGCCAAGGCACAUCUGAUUACUGUCCCUGCAUACGUUCUUGCCAGCAUGUCUACUGGUCUCCACACGGUCGGAUCUAUACGAUGUUAUGAAGAUAUCCCUCACGAGAAAAAAUGGUUGCGCGUGAAUUGCACUCAAGAAUGGCAUGACUUGUACCAGGAGGACACGAUUGCCGACCUGAAGAAGUUUCUUGACUUCUACAUGAAGGGAGUGAACAACGGAUGGGAACAGACUCCCAAGGCUAGGAUCUCUAUAUUGAGAUAUACCCGGCCGGGGAUCCAAAAUGUCCCAUUCGAAUCCUGGCCAAUACCCCAAACUGAGCAGCGCAAGUUCUGGCUGUCCACCAACGGCAAGAUGGAAACCGGUCGUCCUUCAUUGAAAGACGCCAAAGUCUCAUAUCAGUCAGACGUUGUUGCUUUGCAGAAAGAUGAUGACUCCGGAUUCGUCGAAUUCUCAUAUACUUUCACGGAAAGGACCACUCUCAUAGGGCCCUGCCGAGCAAUUCUCCACAUGUCUUGCCCUGAUCAUGACGAUAUGGACGUGUUCGUCAUAAUUCGAAAAGCAGAUCGGAGCGGAAAUGUUCUAAGGAACAUCAACAUUCCUCUUCAGGACCUGGUCGGGGUAGAGCGCGAGGAGGACAUAAGUAUAACCAACACGUUGCAAUAUGUGGGACCUUCAGGGAUCCUUCGAGCAAGUCACUGUGCUCUAGAUCCCAAACUUUCAAAGCCUCACUGGCCUGCGCACGACCACACAAGGGAGGACAAGGUCAGACCCUCAGAGGUGGUCCAGCUAGAAAUAGGUCUGUGGCCUGCUGCCAUUGAGUUUUCUGCUGGGGAGAGGCUCGUUUUCAGGGUUGCUGGGCACCAGAUGACCCUGGCCGAGUUUGACCCUCUAAGGGGAGGCUUCCGGGCUGGGAAUGUUGGAAAGCACAAUGUACACUUCGGUGGCCAGUAUGAAAGUUACAUUACUAUUCCGGUCGUUAGCAUGAACUAG